AUGCACGACGGCAUGAGUGUCUCGAGGGUCAAUCUCCGCACGCAGAAGCGCCUUGCGGCGUCCGUUGUCGGCUGCGGAAAGCGCAAGAUCUGGCUCGACCCCAACGAGGUUAACGAAAUCUCCAACGCCAACUCCCGUCAAACCAUCCGCAAGCUCGUCAGCGAUGGCCUCAUCAUCCGCAAGCCGGUUACUACACACUCCCGUGCCCGUGCCCGAGAGCUGACCGCUGCCCGACGAAUUGGCCGACACCGUGGUUUCGGUAAGAGGAAGGGUACCAAGGAUGCUCGUAUGCCCAGCCAAGUUCUCUGGAUGCGCCGUCUCCGAGUCCUCCGCCGUCUUCUCGUCAAGUACCGUGCCGCCGGAAAGAUCGACAAGCACCUCUACCACGAGCUCUACCACCUCUCCAAGGGUAACACCUUCAAGCACAAGCGUGCUCUCGUUGAACACAUUCACAAGGCCAAGGCCGAGAAGGCCCGUGAGAGGCACAUCAAGGAGGAGAUGGACGCCAAGCGCGCGAAGACCAAGGCUGCGAGGGAGAGGAAGUUGCAGCGCGCGGAGGCCAAGAGGGUCGAGUUGAUGGGUGGCGACGACGAGUAAACUGCGGGCAUGAAUAUUGGCGUGGGUCUUCUUACAGGCAAAGGAGGCGUCUAUCUCCUUUCUUAACUGGGGCAUAU